CAGGUGGAACCAGGAUCGAGGGACUGCGGCUGUGACCAGCGAGCCAGCAUCCCUUCUCACGUACUCCGUGGAUAUGGCCCACUCUGUCAACACCAACAGCCUGAAGGCUUUUAUAGCAACAUUCAGGCCUCCUGCCCAAUACACCUGAGAGCUGCUUGGUGUUGACUACCUCCUGAGUCAGACUGGACAGCCAAUGGCAUUAAACCCAGACUCAGAGGAGACAGAGGAAAUGUUGGAGGAUGUGGAUAAAGGUGGGGAAGAAGAUGAGGGCUUCGGGAAGGACGAAGUAUAUGAUAUAACUGUGCCAAGUCUCUCCGAUGACCCAAACUUCUCCAUCUCCUCCCACUUCCUGCCCACCUCUGAGCCCAUUGCCAUGACCCCAGCUGCUGUCUAUUCCAUCCACCCUGCUGCCUCCACCGCCCUGGCAACUAACUGCUCUAUCCAUCCUCUAGCCUCCACCGCUCUGGCAACUACCUCCUCUAUCCACCCUCCAGCCUUCACCGACCUGGCUGCGACCUCCUCCUUCCACCCUCCAGCCUCCACCACUUUGACUGCCACCUCCUCUGCUGUUUUCACCGGCCUGGCUGCUGCCUCCACUGCCUAUCCUGCUACUGUCUCCACCCAGUCUGCUGUCUCCACUGCCCUGGCUGUUGCCUCCACUGCCUAUCCUGCUACUGUCUCCACCCAGUCUGCUGUCUCCACUGCCCUGGCUGUUGCCUCCACUGCCUAUCCUGCUUCUGCCUCCACCCAGUCUGCUGUCUCCACCCAACCCCCUGCCUCCUCCAUCCAGCAUGCUUCCUCCUCCCAACCUGCUGCAAUCAUAAUCUUUUCUGAUGCCUCCUCCCAACCUGUUGCCCACUCCACCCAACCUACUGAACCCUCCACCCAGCCUGAUGCCUCUGCCACCCUGGUUGCUGCCUCCAUGUUGCAGCAAAGCACUUCAACAUCUGAGUCUGGUGCUGUGGAUGGCUCAGGUGUACCAGGUAUGGACAGAGUGGACAGCCUGGCAGAUUAUCUUGUGGACCUGAGGAAUCAGCCCUACCUUGUCCUCACCAACCAGCAGGUGAGCAAUAUUGUUGCUCUUUGGCAGAACCUGCUGGACUAUGACAAGCAGAGGGUGGUGUUUGCAGCCAGGCAUCAAGCAAAGCUGGACACAGGGAGGUUUAGGUCCACGAAGAAGAGGCAGGAGUUUACCCCAGGAGUGGAGAGUUUGAAGGGGCAUGCCCUGACCACCUCUGCUCCACUUGCACAGUGGCCAGAUUGCUGUCGCUUGGUUGAGACUAUUUUUGUCAGGCUCUGUGCCAUACAUAGAACACCCAAAAAGAAGGGGACCGGCACAGUGUCGAGAUGGGAUCUCAUCCUGGCAGACUGCAGAAAAAUCAGGCGCAGCAUUCUGGCCAAUGCUAUAGUGAUGAAGCAGACUAACCUUCAACUGGUGGAUGUGAGUCACACCACCCUGGUACAGUGGCAUAAUAAAAAAGUUAAACAGCAGGACACUGCAGUUGUAAUGCAGGGGCUGCAACUUCCAAGCCACUUGUCUGUGGCAGCUGACCCCCUAUUGCCUGCCAAUGUGCGCCCCCCAUCUCCACCACCUCAGCCAGGCCCGGCUCACCAGUACCACUUGCCCAGCAGCACUGUGGGCCAGGCUAAACUAAAAAGAAAAAGGACCAUUUUGUCAGACCCACCCGCUUUGCCACCUGCUCAGAUCCAGCAAGCUCAACGGCAACUUAUUACUGCUCCACCACCAGGGACUCAACUGGUCAUGCUGAUGCCAGUGGCCUCACAGGGGUCUAUGCUGGCUUUUGGGUUUGGCCUCCCUUCUGCCCCUCCUGCCAUUCCAUCCACCCCUGGUACUGCUGUCGCUCCCGUUCGUAAACUGACCCGCAAAGUACAGCAUAAUACAUGUAAGAAAUGUGGGCAGUUUAGAACAGCGGAGACUGGAUACAGCCAGUACAAGGGCAUUAUAUACUGCCCCUCUGUAGAGGCAUUGCCGAAGGAGCAGUGGUUGGAAAGAAUUAAAAAAGGAGAAAAAUAAAACGGUUUCAGAAGACCUGGAAACUUCCUGAAGUGUUUAUUUUUAUUAUUCACAUUUAAAUAU